CCAAGUUUCCACAACGGAGUUGGGCCCUUUUGAGUUCUAUAUAUUCACAAGUUUUUUGCCUUCCAUUUCGUUCCAACUGAGUCUGAAUUUAGCAAUUCCCUGUGUUUUCACUAGUUUAGCUAGCUGCAGCCACAAAGAUCGUCUAUCUCCUAGCUAAUUCACUUGGUCCAUUGAUUCGAAGAAGAUUGUCAAGAAGGACUAGUUCGAUUAAGGCGGCUAUGGAUAACUCAUCCUGGGUUGAUACUUCUUUGGAUCUUAAUAUUAAUCCUCUAAGAGUGAAAAGCGAUGCUCCAGUUGAUGCAGAAAGUUUUGGGGUACCAAGAAAAAUGAAACCCACUUUCAUGUUCCAGACCAAGCCUUCAGCGAAAGAAGAGACUGGAGCCAUAGAAGAGGAAUUGAACCGAGUGAGCGAAGAAAACAGGAAGCUCACUGAAAUGCUAACUGUGAUGUGUGAGAACUACAAUGCUUUAAGAAACCAGUUGAUGGAUUGCAUGUGCAAGAAUGGAGAAAAGGAGCUUCAUGGCCCAUCAAAGAAAAGAAAGUCUGCAAGCAACAACAACAACGAUAAUAACAUUGCAAUGAAUGGGAACUCUGAGAGUAGCUCAACCGAUGAAGAAUUGUCCAAGAAACCAAGGGAAGAAGUCAUCAAAGCUAAGACUUCCAGGGCUUAUGUCAAGACUGAAGCGGGUGAUAAAAGCCUUAUCGUGAAAGAUGGAUAUCAAUGGAGGAAAUAUGGCCAAAAGGUCACAAGAGAUAACCCUUCUCCAAGAGCUUACUUCAAAUGCUCUUUUGCUCCAAGCUGCCCUGUCAAGAAGAAGGUUCAAAGGAGCAUUGACGACCAAUCUGUUCUGGUGGCAACUUAUGAAGGAGAGCACAACCAUCCACACCCCUCAAUGGAGGCAACAUCAGGUUCAAGCCAUGGUCUAACACUCGGUUCAGUACCCUGCUCCGCUUCUCUAGCCUCAUCUGGGAAAACCAAUAUUACUCUCGACCUCACAAAAUCUAAGUCCAGCAAUGAUGCCAAAAGUUCAAAACCAAAAACUGAUGCACCUGAAGUCCGGCAAUUCUUGGUGGAACAGAUGGCCUCUUCGUUGACGAAAGAUCCCAAUUUCACAGCAGCACUGGCCGCAGCAAUCUCAGGAAGAAUGUUGCAGCAAAAUCACACUAAGUGGUGAAAUUUCUACUUAGAUAGGAGAAGAAGCUCAUACAACUUGGAGUUCUAUAAACUAUGGAGGUUCUAUAAUUAGAUUAUGUAGGUACCAUUUUGAAUUUUACAAUGUAUUUGUAAAUACAUCAUCUGAGACACGGAGAAAAAAUCCCAAGAAAGAUAGCACCUUUGAGGGAUCCAAACUCAAUUUGAAAAUCAAGGGUUAUUGCCAUUUUAAUGGAUAAUUAUCAGUUUUUGAUA